GUGGCGAGAUGUGAUCGCCCGGCGAUUGAUAUUACCAGGCGCACGGAAAGUUCGAAAUGUUCGAAAGCUCGAAUUGGGAGGUGGGCCGGGCUAAGACGACAAUUUUGAAUAAUUCAUUACUCGUUAUCUAUUGCGAAAAUUGCAAAAUGGUACAGGACUUUUCUUUCGACUCGGUCUAGUCCGCUCUACCUGCACACUAAAACAGUCCCCAAUAUUAAAUGACACCCUGUAUAAUGAUAUUUUUUCACAAAUGAUUGAGGAUGAACAGUUCAUUUAUAGAUGAAGUUGCUUGCGUAGAGAAGUUAUUAAAUGUGAAUUGUUUUUAAAAAUUCUUUUAAAAGAUAGGGUUUAUUUAAGCUCAUCAACCGUUCGAGUGCAGAUUAAUCUGAAAUAUUGUAAUGUUCGUUAAUGUUCAUACUAAUUAGAAAGUGAAUAACGUUACAAAAGCGACAUUAUUUUAUCUAAUCUACUUGUGACAUAUGAAACAUGGGUUCAAGAUGAAGCGUUUGAUCCCCUCGAAGAUUAUCCAGCAAAUAACAAAUACAGUGUAUAAUAAUAAGUGUAUUCUAAAAUUAUAAUUUAGAAAAUUUGGAUUUUACCAGUUUUUUAACAGAACUUUACACGAUGGCUAAGAUAUUUAUUUUCAUCGUGAUGCUGCCAUACCUAACGAUUACCAUGGUACAUGGUAGAAUUUCGUGCUCGGAAUAUUUCACAUACACGAUCCAUCCUAAGGCAUACAAGAUAUUACAAUAGGACGGAUCGAAAUCCUAUCUCCGCCAAAAAAUGGUGAAUUUUAUUUAAGAGUAGCUUUAAAUGCUACCACAGACUUGCUGAACGAAACCUUUCGAUUAGAAUUGGCACGACCGAUAAAAGAAUCCAUUCAAGCUGUUCAACAAAGCAGACAUUUGUUGUAUCAUGUUCAUUUUCCUUCGAGCGAAAAUUUUCCAACAUUAUCCUCAAUAUGGUUUAACAACCAACAAUAUUGUGUAGAGCCUGAAGUGUUAAAUGGAAAUAUCAGAGCUGAUAUCGAGUUGGGGCAUAUUGUGUACUCGCCAAACGAAGAACAAGCAUCACAGAAUUUUCAGCCAUGGCAUCGAAAUGUGACCAGCUACCGUAUAAACAAUCCGAUUUUCAAUAACAACGACGAAUGCGGUAUUACCAGCUACUACUCCGAUAGCACAAACAAUCUUCUCCCCAACGGUGAUAUCGCAUUACCAGGACAAUGGCCGUGGGUGGUUGCAAUCUUCGUGGAAAACAGAGAAGAUAGUUUCAGGGCAAUAUACAUAUAAUUAUAAAUGUGGUGGUACCAUCUUGACAAACAGACACAUAAUAACAGGUAUUAUGCUAAUCGAAAAGAAUUAGUAAAAAUUGUGCUUCUCGUAUAUCGAGCUAUGUGAACUUCUCGUUCUGUUGCCUUUAAAGUAAGAUUCUUAAUUUUAUCUGCGUAAUAAAAUAGAAUUCUGUUAAUUCUCGCAGACAUUUAUCACAAUUCACCCGAAUAUAAUUAGGGAAUAUGUGUGGUAGUAAUAAAGUAUCUGAAAAUAAUUUCUUAAUCACCAUUCUCGAGAUUAGCAUUAACACAUCCAAGAUGUCUUGAAAAUUUUAUAGAAAGUUCAAAACGCUGCGUCACUAUAAAUAUUGAUUAUAAAUAUUUUACAUAUAUAAUUAUUUUCUGUUAUACUAAUUAAUAUAAGACAUUUAAUUACAAUAUCAGAUAUAUUAAAUAAUACGGAAGGGUGUGCAGGAUAUUUCUAGAUAGAAUGUACGGAUUAUUAGAAAAUGUACAUACAUAUACAAUAUUUUCUUCUUAUAGCUGGGCAUUGUGUGAUGAAAGACUCUCAACGUAGCUUACCCCCUAACAUGUUGAAGGUAAUCGUAGGGCACACUGACUUGCGCCGGUUUCGCCGAAAUGGAAUUUCCAAUCCGGAGAUCGCGAGAUAUGUUAUCCAUCCUGACUAUCUACCGACUGGUGUCGACGCCGAUUUGGCUAUUUUGAUCUUGAAGAAACCCGUCGAGUUUAACCCUUUCAUUAAGCCUAUUUGUCUAUGGUCCAGUUCAAUAACUCUUGGUGAAGCCGUCAAUAGCACAGGAUACGUCGUGGGCUGGGGCCCAGAUUCGUUGCGUGGUCGUGCUGUCGAGGAACAACACAUGGCGAGAGUGACAAUAGUGAAUCAGGAGACCUGUCUCCGGAGCGAUCAUUUGUUCAUUCGGCUCCUUUCGAAUCGUAGCUUUUGCGCCACCUCGCUAGAAGCCGGUCCUUGCCACGGUGACAGCGGGAGCGGGUUUGUGCUUCUGAACAAUCUCACAGGUCGUUAUCAGUUGCGCGGUAUCAUUUCGCGAACUAUAUUUCCUAAUAAUGAUAUCAGUUUGCUUUGCGAUCAAAAAACAUUUAUCGUCUACGAAGAUACAGCCACAUACAUACCCUGGAUUCAACAACAGAUUUCGAUGUAACUGGUCUCUCGUCUCAAAAUGCAAUACAUGCUAGUAAAGAAGUCUUUUUGUGUAAAGUUUAUCCCAAUUCGUAUCAUUUAUGAACAAUUAUGUACAGCACGAGAAUUAAACAGAUACGAAUUUUACCUUUGAACAUUUACUGUCAAUUCUCUUGUUGUAAUGCAUUUAUUUUAACAUUAGGAUAUGUUACUGAUGUAUUAAUAAUCUAUCAGUAACAUAAACCACACUAUAACUAUCUGCUAUAGCAGUUUUAUUAGUAAUUAGAAAUAAAACUAUGAACAAUA